CCUGCAUUGUGUCUGGUUCAUUGGAUAACACUGUCCGAUUGUGGGAGGUGGCGACGGGGAAGCCGAUUGGUGAGCCCUUGCGGGGACACACAGCUUGGGUUAACUCGGCCUCAUUUUCGCCGGAUGGGACCCGCAUUGUGUCUAGUUCGGUGGAUGACGCUAUCCGGCUGUGGUAUGCUGCAGCUAUUUUGCAGCCAUUACAGGAGUGCCCCAAGCAUGAUUAUUCAGCGUCCUCUUCAGAUAGAAGUCCCACUAUACAUGCCACGAAUGACAACAUCAUGUCAACCGACACUUGGAACAAUCGCUCCAUUUGCUUUUCACUGGACCCGAACCACGCUCUGCGCAAUCCGGCUGAGUUAAUGGAGGGCGCCUCCUAUCAUGAUGAUAUCUCGCCCUCCUUUUCUCUGGGCGCUGAUGGAUGGAUGGUGGGACCCGAUCAUCAGCUUCUUUUCUGGGUGCCUCCUACCUCCCGUCAUUCAUUUAAUACUCCUUGGACUACAUUGGUGAUGGACAGCCGGCCAACUGAGGUUGAUUUGAGCCGCAUGGCACAUGGACAACACUGGCAGAAGUGCCGAGAUGAGCUUUGCGAUCGAUGAUCAUGAUCUUA